UAAUGACAAUUUGGGUAACACAUUUAUUAGGACCAUCAAGAAAGACAAAACAAAAAUUGCAGAAUUUUGAAAGCGGAAUAGAGCAAGUAGGAAAUGCAAGACAGCCAUUAGCAAUAAAAUAUUAUUUAAUUGCUAUUUUAUUUGUUUUAUUUGAUGUAGAAAUUAUAUUUUUCUAUCCUUACGCUGUUAAUUUUAAAGAAUUAGGUUGGUACGGGUUUACAGCCAUUCUAACAUUUGUAGGCUAUCAAGGAGAAGGGUUUAUGACUAUGCAGCUAUCAAAAGUAGUAGGUUUGGCAAGAAAAAAUUCUAUAUGGCCUCUUCCAUUUGCUACGAGUUGCUGUGGUAUAGAAUUUAUGGCAACAAUGGCUUCAACCUAUGAUUUAGCAAGAUUUGGGAGUGAAAGAUUAGCUUUUACACCACGCCAA